GGCCGCCAGCCGCGCAGCCCCAGCCGCCCGGCGGCCCGCGACGCGGCGGAGGUGGAGGCGGCCGGCCGCGCCCGCCCAGGCGGCGGCGGCGGCGGCGGCAAGAUGGCCGACUUCCUGCCGUCGCGCUCCGUGCUGUCCGUGUGCUUCCCGGGCUGCGUGCUGACGAGCGGCGAGGCCGAGCAGCAGCGCAAGUCCAAGGAGAUCGACAAGUGCCUGUCGCGCGAGAAGACCUACGUGAAGCGCCUGGUGAAGAUCCUGCUGCUGGGCGCGGGCGAGAGCGGCAAGUCCACCUUCCUCAAGCAGAUGCGGAUCAUCCACGGGCAGGACUUCGACCAGCGCGCGCGCGAGGAGUUCCGCCCCACCAUCUACAGCAACGUGAUCAAAGGUAUGAGAGUGCUGGUAGAUGCUCGAGAGAAGCUUCAUAUUCCUUGGGGAGAUACCUCAAACCAGCUCAAUGGAGACAAGAUGAUGGCAUUUGACACGCGGGCCCCCAUGGCGGCCCAGGGAAUGGUAGAAACCCAAGUUUUUUUACAAUAUCUUCCUGCCAUCAGAGCACUGUGGGCAGACAGUGGCAUACAGAAUGCCUAUGACCGGCGUCGGGAAUUUCAACUGGGUGAAUCUGUAAAAUAUUUCCUGGAUAACUUGGAUAAACUUGGAGAACAAGAUUACAUUCCAUCCCAACAGGAUAUUCUGCUCGCGAGAAGACCCACCAAGGGCAUCCAUGAGUACGACUUUGAAAUUAAAAACGUCCCUUUCAAAAUGGUUGACGUAGGCGGGCAGAGGUCAGAAAGGAAACGUUGGUUUGAGUGCUUCGACAGCGUGACAUCAAUCCUCUUCCUCGUCUCCUCCAGUGAAUUUGACCAGGUGCUCAUGGAAGACCGACUGACCAACCGCCUCACCGAGUCCCUGAACAUUUUCGAGACGAUCGUCAACAACCGGGUUUUCAGCAACGUCUCCAUAAUUCUCUUCCUGAACAAGACAGACUUGCUUGAGGAGAAAGUGCAGAUCGUGAGCAUCAAAGACUAUUUCCUGGAGUUCGAAGGAGACCCGCACUGCUUAAGAGACGUCCAAAAGUUCCUGGUGGAGUGUUUCCGCAGCAAGCGCCGGGACCAGCAGCAGAAGCCGCUGUACCACCACUUCACCACCGCCAUCAACACCGAGAACAUCCGCCUGGUCUUCCGCGACGUGAAGGACACCAUCCUGCACGACAACCUCAAGCAGCUCAUGCUGCAGUGACGGCCGUGGGGCGGGCUCUGCUCCUAGCUCUUUGUCUUUUCGAUUGUUUCCUGUUGGUUUUGUUUUUUUUUUUUAAAUAGCCGUUUACAAUAGGAAUUAGGAAAAAAAGGAAAAAAAAAUUAAGAGGCCUUGAUUUUCUUGUUUAACUUCUUGGAAAUCUUAGUCCUUCUGCGGACUUGGGUUUGUGGCUGAAAGCUGCUGAGUAACGCAUCGCCGGUGUCCACUGCAGGUGGGGUCUGGCGGGGGAGGGGACGGCCUCGCUUCCUGCCAGCCCGCAGCCGAGGUGUCCUCCGGGCUUUAAAUUCUCCGACUUCGCAGACUGAACUCUCUCUCCUGUCGUGCCAAGUAGAGCGGGCGUCCCUCCGGGCCUGCAGUCCGAGGUCACGCCUACGCGCUUCCCAAACAAGGUUCCUCACGCCCGCCCCGCCCCGCCCGGGCUCAGGGUGGGGGGCGGGCUGGGGUGGUGUCCAGGUCCCACCCUCCUCCUCUUCCGCUUGCCGAGGUCCACUGCUGUUCCCGCCUGCUCAGAUCUCGCGGGUGUCCGAAGGUCGUGUGCUUCGAGUUUUAAAGUUUACAUAAGGGUUUCUGGUUGGUGCCGGUGGGCGUUCGCAGUGGUACAGGGAGCGGAAGGCGGGCAGGGGUCUCGGGGGAAACGGGCACGCCCCUGUUCCCGUGGCCGUGGCAGCCACGGGAGAGGGCGGGCAAGCUGGUGGCCGGGCUGGCUCGGGAACUGCCCGCUGGGGACCAGGGGGGCCUCCACUCAACUCCAAGUCCUGUCUCUGGGGCUCGGCCGCUCCCUGCCGGCUCUUCGUGGCCUGUGUGUCCCCCCUGGCCGUUCCCGCAGCCCUGCUCUGUGGCAUGUGAGGGACUGUUUUGGUUUUUUUUUUUUUUUUUUUGGCUGUUCACGAGGUGGUUGCCAAGGGCAGUAUUUCUCUGUCAAGUCUAUUCGAGGAGGCAUUAUUUGAGAUUCCUAUUUAUUCUUGGUGUGUCUCUAAAACUACAGUAUGUACAUGUUUGUAUCAUUAUUGUUUGUGAAAAGUCCAGCUUUAUUGAGGUACCUUUUUCUUGAAUGUCUUAAGGAUGCUUGUGAGUAGGAGUCGCUUUCUCGGUUCACACCGGAAGAGGAUUUACGUUUGGCUCCCUACCCCCACCACCACCACUUAGCAAUGGAAACGCGCCCAUGUAGUAGCCUGGUGACCGCCACAAUGUCCUCAGCGAGUCUGCCCGAGGGGCUGCUGCCUCGGGGGUGGGGAGCGGGCUGGGAAUCGGAUGGGAGAAGCAGAAUGCCACGGUGGGGGCACUUGGGAAGUCCUGACAGCUUUUCUCCUUUUCCUGAAACUUGUGAUGAAGACUGUGAUAUCUGUCACUUUACUGUAUUGCUGACUGUUCUCAGGUAUUUUGUUGGCUAGAAAGUCCUCCACAGACUGGUCAGAAAUACGGCUUAUACCCACCUUCGCUGGACGGCAGCUCUCACCCUGUGGGGGCCCCCCCGGCCCGACAGGAGGAGGGCUCCCCGGAGUGGCCAGGGCCGCCCGUCCCAGCCCUGACCUGUUCUGCCUUUGAAGCUCCGCCGUCACUGUGUCCCCAGCGCCUGCCUGCCGCGGGGAUGCGCGAGCUACAGCAUAGCAGUCCGACACCCUACCAAGUGCUCAGAGUAGAAGCCAUGCAUGUUGCAUAGUUCUUCAGCUAGAGCUUCUUGCCAAAAAAAAAAAAAAAGAAAGCAAGUACAUUUGAUUAAAUACACAGGAUCAGAAUCAUUCAGUUGUCAAGAAUAUCUGAAUACAUGCACAGUAACAUUUGGACUUUUUUCUCAACUAGUCUACUCGUAAGUGGAACACACAGAGUUUUAUCAAAUAGGCAUAACUUUUAACUUCUUUAACUCCAGUGUAGGCCAAAGUUAAGUGUUCGGUGUCAAGAGAAAACUUAGUCUUCUUUAAGUUAUAUUUAAGGUCACAUCUGUGAAUAUAGAUAAUAAAUUGUGCCUGACAAAGCAGAAAGCAUCCACGUUUCCCCACGUUGACUCCCACAGAGAAAUAGUAACUACCACAGGGAUAAGAGUCUUGUAGGGCGCUGGCGAUUCUCGUUCCUCGGGUGUGUGAUGUCUCAGAGUUACCAUUCUUUUCCAGUAAGUAUGGAGUGUGAUCUGGGGGCAGUGUCUCCUAGCAGGCCUGUUUACACCCUCAGUAGAACCGUCUGAUUCCAUCGGAAGGUCUCCAGGUUCACAGAUUGGUUUUGAUCCCUUUGAUAAGUUUGAUGACUAAAGCAUGGAAACAGAGAGCCUUUAAAGAACCACUAAGUGAAGAGGGAGAUGAACGUUAGUGAAUGGAAUUCAAAGGGUGCUCUUAUUUUUCACUCUGCUGAAUCCCCUUGCCCUCCCCUUAAAAAGGAUCAUUUAGAAUUUUUUUAUAUGUGUUUGAUUUUCUCGUGCUUGUGAUUUGGAAUAAAACGUGCCUAAUUUUCUAUUCCCUUCUGUUCUUGAAUCUAAAAGUUCUCCUCGGUGACUUCUUAAGACCUCUCACACAAGUGUCUUCAUUGACUUUGAGGAAAUGUAUACCAUACAGAGUUGCCUUAUAAAUCAAAGAACACCACAGAUUUGGGCCUUGACUUUUAUGGGGGCAAGUUGCUUUGUGCCAUGUUUCCUUAAGAUAUGCCCGUGCCACUUCCAUAUAAUUUCCACUAGCCCAAAUGACUGCUUUCUGCCAAGUCCUGUGUGAGAUUGAACUUCUUUCAUUCCAGUUGCAUUAGCUGGAAAGGACACUUGGCCGCCAGGGAAGGCCUGCCAGAGUGGCAGAGUCCUUGUUUCCUGGGAACUUGCCUUGGGCCUUGAUUUUCACAGGAAAGAGUCUCUGGCCAGCCUUCCCAGUGAGGUUGUGUAGGGAAAUCCGCCUCACUCGGUUUCAAGUCGAAAGAAGGAAGAUUACCUUCAUACCAAAACAAGAAUAACUAGAAGUAUUGAAUCAAAUGCAACCGAAAUCAUACGCCCUAUAAUUUUUUUUUUUUUUUUUGGUAAGAGGGAAUCAAUCUUAACUUCCAGUGUAAACCCAAGUAUUUGUAUUUAUGCUUUUUGAUAAGAUGUAUUUUCAGCAUUAGUACACAUAUCUGAUUAUGCCUUAUUUAUAUGAAGAAUAAAGUUACCAACUUAACGUCUUGAAGCUCAAAUCACUCUGAAAAUCCCUCGCGCGGGUGCUUUUGUUAUAUAAUGACACAUUCAGCAAAACCCCAAACCAGCCCUGGACCAAGAACCUCUGCCCGUGCAGUUUGUAGCCAUGUUUUAUUAUCUGUUUAUGUAAUGAGAAGACUAAAUAUCAGUGUUAACUCUUCAUUUCUUGUUUGGAUCCACGAAAUCGUGCCUGUUAAAGCUCAGUCAAACAUUUGUAAUGAAUUCCCUAAUAAAUCUAGAGAAAGUUGCUCUGUUCCCUGCUCUUUUCUCUUGGUUUCCUGGGAGGAGUCUGAACAGAAAUUUGCCAAUGUCUUUUUUUUCACCUGGAGCUCUGACUCAAUACUGGGUCGCCAUCUCUGGCCACUGUAGAUGUCACUUGGCAUGGACGCUCUGUCCAUGUGUUGUGCUGCUUGACGUACUGAUUUUAUUUUUAGCCAAUCGGAGACAGGUCGGUUUCUCACUCUAGCGUGGUGUGUCUGUGUGUCUGUACUACGUGUGUGCAUCUCCAAAUAAUGAUAAAGAACAUGUCCAUUCUUUUAUGGUACGAUAGGACUUUAAAUGCAGAGUAGAGGUUGAAGUAGGUGUCUGUAUGGAACCAUGUAAACAGGCGGGGUUUGAUGGCUCCCUCGUGCCGUCAGGUUGAUGCCAGCCUGCGGCUGGUAUGUGAUAACCCACUUGCAGACCCGUGUUUGUACCACUAGCCGCCUUCUGUCUGUACUUGAAUGUAUCGUUAACAUGCUAAAAUAGGUUCUCUCUUGAGACAUCCAGGUCUAACCUGAUUUCAAAUACCAGAAUGUAGGCAGAUCAGAAAGCAUUAAUGAUAAGGCAGUUCCCCCCGCCCCUCCCCCACCCCCCGCUGGGCUAACAGAUUUUGUAAGUUUUCCAAAUCUAUUGUCGAUGAAAAUGCCCAGAUGCGUUGCGAUAGACAAGACCCGGCCCACGAACAUCUUCAAUGAAGGGAUGUGUUGGCAGUGUGCUACUUGCUACGUGUUUGGGGGUUGCGUUUAGAAGCUCGCGGAGACGAUUUCUCGCGGUCCUAGGUGAUGCAUUUACCCCCCACUCAUUCUAGUUGAUGGUACAGGGAAUAAAAGAGGGAGGGCUGGGUAGGCUGGAGUCUUUGAAAGUAUCUGUCUGUAGCAGUGCGACAAACUGCCAUUUCCCCUCUCUUUUACCUCUUUACUUGAAAGCACAAUCGCAAAAUGUUCUCUGGAUCUCCUGUGCUCGGAGGUGGUUAGAAGCCCACUCCCCAGGAGAAGCCUUAUCCAAAAGUAUAUUUUGUAACAACCUCAUCAUUAUUGUACCUAACAAAAACAUGAUUUGUAUUAGCUCUGUAUAAAAGUAUUUGUGCCUUGAGAUUUUUUUUUUUUACACAUUUAUCUUUUUAUAACUCCUGGAACUAAGCACACGAUCUGAUAUUGUAAAAUGGCUUGUGUUUGGGACCGGCAAUAAAUGAUUUCUAAGGGAGCUGUACAUGUGGUAAAGAAUGGUCUGGUUUUAUAAAAAUAAGUGGCUGGUUUCAUUAAUUAAGGCUUUUUACUUUUGUACAUAGUUUGCAAAAUUUUUGCCUCUUGCUAUUAAUAUUUGCUUUGUAAAAAAAAAUACUGACGUUUAAUAAACAUUUACAAACUA